AGUCAAUGAAGCCAAGAAGUGGAGCAAAGAAGUAUCCUUUAAAAAAAAAGGGAAGAAAGCUGUUCAUUCUACAACUCAUGAACAGCACUCCCACCGUGCCCUUUGCAGCAAGAGAUAGCUGCAGUUAUUCAAAAGCAGAAGGAACUUGAAGAGGGGUUUGUUUGUGGAGGUAAGCAAUAGGAAGAAGAAGAAUGUGCGCAGUCGCUUUCAGGCGGGCGCACUAGAUCAACCCUUGAUCCUAACCCUCGGAGUGGUCAAAAGAACCUGGUGGGGGUUCACCACUCUCAGAAUCAUCCAUGGAGCUCAUGGAUCGAGCGUCAAAAGAAGGACCUUGCCUAGGUCCGGCAUCCAUCAAGAGAGUAGAAAAGGAACCCUCCGUGUGUUCAUCAGGUGACAAAGCAAGAGGCAGGUUCAUUGUCCUUCAAAAGAGAGAGAGGGGAUGAGCACCCUCCAAUUAGACCAAAAGAAGGUCUAUCAUCACAGCAAGCAGCAUCACUGGUAGAGAUCACAUCACAAAACGGAUCAACCUGGGGUCUUCUUCAUCCCCGUCUCUCUUUCGCUUUCUCUUUUCCUCCCAAAGUUCUAUCCUUUCUUCUUCAGAAAGACCUAGUCCACCUGAUUGAUCCUACGGUCAGCAUCGGUUUGAUUGGGGAGAUAAUCCCCUGGCUUUCUCUGCCUCAAACUUUCCUAGGCUGGUAUCCUAGUUGGAGCAUGAUUUUCCAUGCUUCCCUACUGGGUUGAUAUCCAUCUACCCGCGGUUUAUAUCUUUUCCUGCUAAGCUUAAGACACAAGGCAAGAGUCACUGACCGAAGGGAUAGAACGAUUGACUUACUUACCGACGGGCAGAGAAAAAUCUUCCUGGGCUUACUGACCGAAGGGACGGGAAAGCCUCAUUCGAAUCAAAUCCCAUCUCUGUUGUUGAAUAGGGGGAUGGGUAAUUUAAGUUCUAAGGUCACCCUUCUCGGAAAGCGAAUCCUGCUCCCGCACGCAAGCCCUGGUUGAUUGAAUAGAACCUGAGGACAAAACAGCAGCAGAUCAAUCCGAUAGCAUAUCUAUACCUAGGAGCAGCACCUGUAAGCGGAGCCGAGCAGGGCUGGGAGCGAAUACAUACCCCAAGCCAGUCACAGAUACGGAUCGAGAUACAGAUGUUAGUCCAGGGGCAUAGAUCCAGCAGUAGACUUUGAACCCGGCCCUUCAAUAAUUUCCUUCCUCUCACCACGAGCCCUCCUCUCUCUGAAGGGUGACGAUUUCUGAUCACCGGAUUCAAGAGCUUUUGGGGUGUGGGUCGGCUAGAGGAAGAACAUUCUUUCGGAUCCGGGGAAAGGUAGAAAGCCAAUGGAAGAUCUACAUGGCUGGGGGAGAGAUUGCUAAUUCAAUUCGAUCGAGACAGCUGAUGAACCGAACUCCAACCGAGAUGUAUUUCAUUUAUCCCAAUUCCGACUAUACUGACUAUACCUACCGGACUGACCGGAAUGACUGGAGCUAGACCUUCUCACUCUUUCUUUAUUCUAUAACGUAUUCCUUGGUCCUAUUCCGUACCGCGGGGUCAGUAAGAAAUCCAUCUAUGUCUAAAAGGGGGGUUCAUUUUUUAAUGGACCGAGGAGAAGGCUAAGGUUACCUUAGAAUGCCAAUGCUUUUCACAGAUGGAGAUGGACGAGAGAAGUUUUGUCACCAAAGACGAGACGAGCGGGAAAAGCCUUGCUGUCCUCUCCAAGCUUGACUCGAAAACAAAAAAAAGUCUGAUCUUCAAAUGAAGCCAUAGAAUGUUCGCCUUUUGAUUUUGAUUGAGUUUCCGACCGAAGUGCUUUUCCGACGAAUGUGUGUAGCCUGAUAGCUCAUGGGUGGACCACCUUAGCAGGUGAGAAGUCCGGUUUAGUAUCCUAAACUGAAAGAAGUCGACUCUGGUUCGGGCUACUGAAAUGAAGCAAAAGCUGUUGACUCCAAAGACCGAGGUUUGGUUUGGAUUCCUGAAGAGCACCCUGCACUCUAGCUCAAAAAGGUGACAAAGCUUAAUCUUAGUGGUUGGGUGGGUCGAGAAGACGACCUAGUACUACUUUUCUCGAAGGACACAAGGAAGGCCUCUCCUUACCUGGGCAGUUUGAAUGGACAGAAGACAGAACUCCUUGAAGCUGACUAAGAGGGAGGUCCUUCUUUUCUUUGUUCGUUCGCCCUUUUUUUUAUAUAAAAUCCCAGUUUCGAAUCGCACUAAGACCAAGGCGAAUCUCUUAGCUUGACUUGGUCCAUGAAGGAAACUCUCUCCUUGCUCUGCUAGCUCAAAGCCCACCGGUACUGUCUUGACUGACUGACUCUUACCUAAGACAAAAGGGCAGGAUUGGAUUCAAAAACGAAGAUCGCAGGAUCGAAAGGGGAGUCUGGCUACAAGUCGAGUUGAAAUGGAAAGUCCAAUGGAGACAGUCUCGCCCGCUAUGCUACAUAGGACGGAGUUCGGGGUGCUUUUCUCUGACCCUUAUUGGGAACCUUUUGACCAAUCUUGGAUACU